UUUUGCAUGGGUUUAAUGCGCUAUUGCGUCUUUACGCAGAAUGUAGAGCAGGCACGGAGCCUGCUCAGAGCAGCCUUAACUAUGUAAAGCACUUAACACACAUUGCUUAAAUGUUAUCAUGCAUCAAAUCACUGCAUGCAAAAUAUGCUCAGUUUUUUUAGACAAGGCUAUUAUUAUCAUCAUCAACAUCAUGGUAAACUCGUUUAAAUAUUCUUCAGCAAGUUGUAUCCUUUACGUCUGCUCGUGAGAAACACAAAUGCAGGGGCGCAUCAGGAAAUCAGGGAUGAACUUCAAAUGAUCAAAGAAUUAAAAUAAUUGAAUAAGUUUGCCCCUAGUGGAAAGCAGAGAUGCUCGUGUGCGCGCGAACGGUCGCUCAGUCAGUGGUUUGCUCGGCGAAGCUGGACCUCAGCGAGUCUGUGCGUGAUCGUGGGAGCCUCGCAUCAGCUCGCUGCCCACUCCACGCCCCCGCAGAGUCUCCCAAACUCUCGGUCGCAGGAGGAGAGAUGAUGUGGGGGAUGUAAGACACGGGGAUCAGCAGACAGCAGCUGGAUUCUCGGGCUAAAAUCAGCCGCUCUGAUGGAGUGAAGACAGCGGAUACACGGUUCACUAGAAUCUGAGCCAGGAUGUCCGGACAUUGCUGAGGACGGAGGAGGAGAGGGGUGGGGGAUUCUGGGAUUCUAGAGGGGUGGAGAGCGAGACAUCAUGGGUGAUGGAGGGGCCUUGCACACGGAGGGCAAUGCCCUUCUGAAAGCAGUGUUCCAGGGCAAACUCCGCCUCGCUCGCCUCCUCCUGGAGGGCGGAGCGUAUAUUAAUGAAGGCAAUGAGCGAGGGGAGACGCCGGUCAUAGCAGCCUGUCUGGCAGGAUACGAUGAUCCGCAGACCAGACAGAGAAUGGUGAGGUACCUCCUUGAGAAGGGAGCGGACCCAAACAUCUCUGACAAAUCGGGUCGGACCGCGCUGAUGCAUGCAUGUGCAGAACAAGCAGGCAAAGAGGUAGUGUCACUGCUGCUGGAAAAUGGCGCUGAUCCCAGCUUGAAAGACUAUUCAGGGGCCUCUGCACUUGUACAUGCCAUUAAUAAAGGUGACAGGGACACUCUUCAGGUCCUGCUGGAUGCCUGCAAAGCCAAAGGUAAAGAGGUCAUCAUCAUUACCAGCGAUACAUCUCCCUCUGGCACUAAAAAGACUAAACAAUACCUGAACUCCCCACCAUCUCCGGGUAUAGUGGACAAGCUUUCCCCUGCUUGCAUGUCUCCAUCUGAGGUAGAGAUCCAUACCUCUGGCUCUGCCCCCGGUGAGGAGGAGGAAGGUAUCUUCAGCUUUGCCGUGACUUCAGCACUCCCGCUACCCUCCAGCAGACCACAAGUGGAGAGGAGACCACCGCCCCGUAAGCUUCUGAAAAGACUGAACUCUGAGCCAUGGGGUCUGGUGGCUCCUUCAGUACUUGCUGAGAGAGCGGAGCGGAUAGAGGGCGAUUUAGCUGAGGAGGACAAGUUAGUCUCGGAGAUGAAUGGGAUGACAGUUUCUGGUCCAGGCAGACCUCUCCUGUGUCGAAGGCACAGUAUAGAGACUCAUGACCCUUCCUCUCCAAAGCUGAUGGACCGGUCCUGUUCGGAAGACUGUGCAGCACUCUGUGGCUCUUCCUGGGCAGAUAAAGUCCAUCAGCACCAGUCACUGUAUCGUCGAAACACGGCCCCUGAGGCUCAGGACAGUGUGGCCCAGGCACCGACGGGAAUCCGUGGCUUGCCACACCCCAAACUCACCCGCAUGGAACACUAUGAGUCAGACACCCACCUGUGCCCUGCCUCCAUCCCUGGAUCUCCAGAUUCUGGACGUGUCUCAGUGGAGCGCCGCAAGUACAAUGCCUCUCCCUUGUCGCUGCUCACCAGCUCUUCUCGAGAGUCUCUGGAGAGCAUUCCCAACUCAGUGUCUCCUAUGACAAUGCGACGACGUCCAACAGGGCUGUUGGAACGGCGGGGAUCAGGCACUCUGCUUUUGGACCACAUCUCCCACACAAGACCUGGGUUCCUUCCUCCUCUCAACGUCAACCCUCAGCGACCCAUUCCUGAUAUCCGUGCCAAUGGAAAGCCCACUUCUCCUGUUCACUCAGGGAGCAAGAUCCUGCUGCCGGUUGCGCCAUCAUCACCAAAGCGUGGACCAGACUUCAAGAUGAAGAAGAAACUGAUGAGACGACACUCAAUGCAGACGGAGCAGAUGAAGCAGCUUUCGACCUUCCGGGAAAUUCUCACAGAAAAGGUGAUGGAGAUGAAUGGAGAUUGAGAGCACAAGAGAGACUGAGAGAGAGCCGGUGCUGGCCGAGAGUUUUCAUUACCGGGUUCAUCUACAUCAUCUUUGGUCCAGUUCAGAUCCUUUAGAACGUAGAACAAACAUCAAAAAAAUGCAUUCUGGAGAAUGCAGACAAUGAAAGUGAAAAUGAGUCACGGUCACUCAAGCUCAUAAAUGGGAUCAGUUAUUCCAAAUUUGGAGACCAUUUAAAAGUUAUUUGGGAUUGUUCCUCGAUCAUCAGGAAAGUUUGAAGAUGGACCCAUUAGUGUCAGUGGAAGUGCUGUUAGUGUUUGAAAUUGCUGCAACCCUCAGAUGAAACCUCACAGAUUUUAUAUUCUACUGGUUUCAGUUAUUAGCGCUGUUAUGGUUAUCAGCCUUCUUAAUGUUGUGCACUGUCUGAAAACCAAUAUGCCCAAAUUGUACCUUUUAGGGGCACAUCUAGUUGUUGAUGGGUCACUACCCUUAAAGGAAUAGUUGACCCAAAAAUGAAAAUUAUGGCAUAUUUUAAUCAUAUUUUAGUCAUCCUAGUUGAAUAUGACUUUUCGUCAAAUCAUAAGUCAGUCAAGAAACCGGAACUCAGUGUUCUCCUGGAAAAAACAGAAUUAAUUUAUUCACUUUAAAAUUUGAAAACUAUAAAUACCUUUGUUAUAAAAACCAUCAAUCUGCUGUGAUAACCCCCUAAGGUGUAUUAGUUAUUUUCACAAUGUAUAUAUUUGAUUUCCAGGAUAAAAAACUCUGUGUUAGUCUGAAAGAAAGUCAUAUAUACCUAUGAUGACUUGGGGGUGAGUAAAAUAUGUCACGAUUUUUAUUUUUAGGUGAACUAUUCCUUUAAAAAAACUAAAUUGUACUUUAUCUACCUCGAAAAUAUGCAUAUUUGUACCUUAAUACAUAUGUAUCCAUAAGGUACUACUAUGCUUCUUUUUUGGCUAAACAAGGUACAAAGACUUUGGAUACACAAGUUGUAACCCUUAAGGUACAAUCUUUCCAAAUUGCUUCUGUGAUGAUCCUGUGGAAUAAUUGGGUUAAUACUCUUAAUAUAAAAAAAAAAAUCCAUCUGUUUUCCUUUGAUGACAACAUCAAGUGAAAAGUUCAAGACUCUAAAAUUAAUUUUGUCAGCCAUUACAGUAUAGUUAAAUUGAUUUAAGUAGUACCAUUAAAAUGUAAUCGUUUACUUGUAAAUAAUACUGCUCAAGUCUCUUUAAUGCAAUAUUUAUUUCUGUUUGUUUUGCACUGAAGUUUAAGAAUUGUAGUCCUUGACUUUUAAUCUGGCAAUGGCAACCUGAUUUUUUCCACAGGAUGUACACUAGAAAGAAUUGGAGACGACUGACUUCUAAAUAUUCCUGAACACGUUUCUCAAGAACAUUUUACUGCAUUAUGAAAGUGCAAUAAAAUAUUACAGGAAUCAAUGAACAUAAAAGCAUUAAAAAGGCUAGGCUAUAUAACUAAAAAUCAAAAUGUACCAGUUAAACAUACUGCAUGUUUCAGGGCUUUUGGAUGGGUCGUUUAUCUUUCUUAAACUCUUGUAAGUGAUACAAAAUAAGUGAAGUGCAAUUCUUGAAACUCAAAAUCCCAAAGAAACUCUACAAAGCCCAUCCAAAACCACACAGAUCCACCCUGACCCGACUUAGUAGAGGGGGGAGAGAGAAACCCCUUGCCUAACGCACACUCCCUCUGGAGACACAGAGCACAGAUAUUGUGUACAUACUGUACAGAGUACAAUUGUGUCUCAAGCGUUUGAACGUGCAAUAUUCUGUGCUGCCUCAGCACUGAUUUCAUAUUAUUAUCGUGAAUGUGAACAAUCACUCGGACGUGUGUCUGUGGUAACAUGCUGCAGUAAAUAUAGUUCAAGAUGAGCUGGGAGCUCAGUUUACAUUCAGAGGAGGAAUCUCUGCACAAAAUACAUGAGAAUGAAUUUCCCUAAAGAGCUGCGGUGCACAGUGUGUCCAUGUCAAACACAUAGUUCAACUCAAGCUUAUGAUGUGAGUGAAUAUAGUGCUUCUGCUUUGAGAUGUUCUAAACUUGAUGUGAAUUAGUGUACUUGAAAAAUGUAUCAUGACAACUAAAAGAGGAAUAUUUUUUUAUGCCUGUAGGGUUUUAUUCUUGUUGUUUUUUUAUUUUUAUCGAAACAAAUUUUAAUGUUUAAUACCGAAUUGUUGGUGGUGCAAUUUCACUUUGACGGUAGCUUUUGUGUUCCAGGACGUUUGUAGGAAAUAAUAUAUGAGCAGCUGGAGCUCAAUGGCUAUAGCAAUCUUCCUAAAAACGAUUGCGAUAAAACCCAACCGCGUCGGAUCCAGAUCACUGAUUACCUAGCCCUUUGUCAUCCUGAUGCGAUUAGGAGAAUCUUGGCACUUUGCUGUGUAUUCAUUGAUUUUAGUGAUUCUCUUUUCAUUUAACACACAAGCGAGAUAGCUAGGAGUUUGAUUUGUUUCUAAAUAUGUUUGUAUCUAAGUAUCUCCAAUAUUUCUGACCUGCUGUACAAAAACAUCCAUUUAAAUGAGUUAAAGUUGUGUUCAAGUGUACCUGAAAAGAUGUUAAUAGUGUAAAGGGUGUCUUAGGUGCUGUACACAAUGGACCUCCGUCUGUGCUACACUGUCGUUGGGUAGUUUGAGCCGGUGUUCUGCUCUCCAUUCACGUAGAAGGGUCACACUAUCAAUGCAUCAUUUAAUGGAUUAUGGAUUAAAUAUUUCUUGUUAUUUUGUAUGUUUAGUGUGAUACACAGGUCAAAUGUAGUAAACCAAAUAAUUUUAAAAAGUAUUAAAUUAUUUAACACAAAAUUCUGUUGUGCUAUUUCUCUGAGGCGAUGAUUUUCUUCAAAAGCUUUUCAUUGCUUUGAAUAAAUGCAUGACUGAGUCACCGAUUUA